AUGUUUAGCUCGAAGCUAACCUUUGCAACUCUUGCUAUCCUUAUCGUUUUUACGGCUUCCAGAUAUGCUGGUCCCAGCAACCAUGCUUCUCAGGAACUAAGUGCUCCUACAAGCCUAUUUUGGGGUAAAAAUAAUGGCAUCAGCUAUCUUACAGUAACAAGAAACCACAACAUUCCUCAAUUCUGCACAAGCUCUUGGGCUGUCGCUUCAACCACAGUCCUUUCUGACCGCUUCAAGGUCCUCACUCCCCAAUGAAAAAAUUAAAAAGAUUUCCUGUCAAGUGUAUUUAAUUUUUAUUUUUUAAAUCUAUAUGAUUUGUGUGCCAGCAAAGCUCUGAAAAGUAAAAAAUUGCCUUAAUUUAAAAAUAUAUUUUAGAAAUAAGAUAAAACAGAAAUAUUUCAUUAAUAUUCGAAAAUAUUUUACAACACAAAUUUUAGUUUAUUUCACAAAAAACAAAUUUAUAGAUUUGACUUCUUGUUAAGAAAGAGUCAGGAAUUCUUCAUGGCCUGACUAUAACAUUUCUCCUCAAGUGGCCCUAAGUUGCAUUUCAGGAGUUCAAGGAUGCACUACAGAAGGUGACCCAGUUUCAGUCUACCAGUACAUUUACCAAAAUGGAAUAACUGACGAAACCUGUGCAAGCUACCAAGCCCGCGAUUUUUCUAAUGGAAUUGCAUGUGACAGAUUAGCUGUAUCCUUUUCUUAUUAAAAUAGCAGCCAUUUCUUUAUAAAAUGAUUAUAAUUAUUUUUAAUUUAUAAUAGAAUAUGCAAGAAUUGUUUACCUAAUGGAAAAUGUGACAUUCCUAACAGAUACUUCAUUUACAAUAUCACUGGGUUCGCAGUCGCCAAAGGAGUAACUCAGAUGGUAAACGCUUUACAAAGCGGCCCUAUUGUCUGUAGGAUUGGUGUAACAUCCCAAUUCCAAAACUAUCAGAAUGGAAUUCUUACACCGACUGCUGGCGCUCAAGUUCUUUUUACCUCUUACGUUUCAAUUGUAGGAUAUGGAGCCAGUGCUACUGGGACUAAUUACUGGAUUGGCAGGAAUUCUUGGGGAACUGUAUGGGGAGAUGCAGGUUUCUUUAACUUGGUCAGUGGAAAUGACGCUUUGGGAGUCGAGGAUUAUUGUGUUUAUCCAACUCCUAAUAAAACAAUUACUGUAGUUACUACUAACAAUCAAGGAGAAGAAAAAAGAUCUUAUGUAGAUAUUGCUGAUCUCCAUAAGCUUGAAGAAGAGCCAAUUCAAGGCUAUCUUAGAGCCAAGCCAGUAACUGAGGAAACUCUUACUUUUUCCAUUUAAUAAAAAAUGAUUUUAUUAUUUUUUAAUAGGAAAAAAAAUUAUUGUUUAAUUAGACUAGAAUAAUUAAGGACUUAUUAAUAAUUUUUUUUUCGUAAUAUCAAGCCUAAAAUUCAAAAAUCCAUAUCAUUUAAUGAUCAAGUCCAGAAUAGAUUAUAAAUAACAAAAUUACCCAAAAAAACUUCGUCAUUAAAUGUGAAGAAGAAUUAGCGCUGUUCCUGCAAGCUGGGUCUGGAGCGACGUCAAAGGUAAAAACUACCUAUCCUGGGUCAGAAACCAAAACAUCCCACAAUACUGUGAAGCUUCCUGGGCCUUUGCUGCCACAUCUUCCCUUACCGACCGCUUCAACAUUUUGAUUUUCAACGACACUUUUCCUCAAUUCACCAUUUCACCACAAGUCCUCCUAAACUGUGGAGUCGGAAACUGCACUGGUGGAGAUCCAACAGCAGUUUACAAUUAUGCUCGCAUGAAUGGAAUCCCAGACGACACCUGCCAACAAUAUGUAGGCGACUUUUCUGAAACCUGCAAUAGUGCACAAGUAUGCCAAGCUUGCGUAUUCUAUUAAAAAAACAUAAAAAUUAAUUUUAAUUAUAAACAGUUCAUAAUUUAUUCAAUAAAAAUAGCAUAUCUCCAGCACCAGCUAAUGACACUGAAAAUUCAGUCUGCAAUCCAACUACUCCUGCACACUUAUUUAAAGUCGGGAAUUAUGGCAAUCUUGCAGGAGUCACCAAGAUGAAGCAAGAAAUUUACAAUAAUGGGCCAAUCACAUGCGGAAUCUAUGCAAGCAAAGCUUUUGCAGCCUACACUGGAGGGAUUUUUAAGGAAAUUUCUAGAAGCACCACAAUCAGCAACUUUGUGUCUGUUGUGGGUUGGGGAAUUGAAAAAUCCACGAACACUGAGUACUGGGUUGGAAGGAAUUCUUGGGGAACCAGCUGGGGUGAGUAUGGGUACUUCAAGAUGCAGAUGUAUAGAGAUAACCUUGGGAUUGAAACUGACUGCACUUGGGCAAUUCCAAGCUUUUAA